GGCCAUCGCCCUCUGAAAAGCGCGCCUCCCCUGCCCGCCGGUCGCAGUCUGCAGCGGGGGGGCCGGGGAGGACAGGUGGAGGCAUAAACCGGGCACCACCGGCUCUGCUCUGGUCACUUCUGCAGCACUUCUGUCACACGAUCAGCGCCAAACAUGUACGGAUCACGCCAGUCGCUGAACAUGACGCGGAGGGCCGGCUCCAGGGGAGACCUGGACGGCGGAGGGGCCUACCGUUACGCACGGAGCGAGGUGCUGCAGGGAGACGAUCAUGACUCCUACAUGGAUGGAUACAGAGUCGCCACCUUACCAAAUCGCAUGUCUAAGGGAGGCGGAAUGGCAGGCGGAAUUGUACAUGUAGGAGGCGGAAUGGCAGCAGGAAUGGGAGGCGGUACCAUGUCAGGAAUGAGUGUCAGCCAGCUCAGUGCCGUCAACCAGAAGGCUGCAGUCCUGAGGGAGCAGUGCAUCGAGAAUCUGAAGCAGGCCGAGUUCAUCAUUCAGUCUGGUGGCUCCUCGGCCGACGCAGACCACUACAUGGGCAGGGCCAGAGAGGCCAUCGAGAGGCUUAAGAGCUGUGCAGCAGACCUGAAUCACAUGGGACAAUCCUGUGAAAGUGUACUCAGGAGUGUGGAUAUCUGUAUGAGCCAGCUGAAGGGAAUCCACAUGACAUUACCGGGUACUAUGCAAAGGAGGAGGAGCACCAGAAAGAGUUCUGGAGGCAUGGAGGAAUUUGGACCUAGUCGAAGCUUCACAGAUGCCAUGGGCUGGAUUGCACAACAAAAGCGUUUGAUUGAAACGGCUUCGUUUGGAGACGAUUCGACUGCCAUAGAGAAAAACAUCUACGAGCACCAGAUGUUUCACAGCUCCAUCCAGAUGGGUGCCGAGAUGAUAAGAGCCCGAGAUGAGCUGGCAAGGAGAGGCGACAAAGCAAACAGCAAUGUGCUUGAGCGAGAAUGGGACGCCUUAAUGACAAUGUCAUUCGGCCGGACAAAGCAGCUGCAUGACCUCCUGGACAUCAUUCAGGAGAUUUCCAACGAGAUUAUGUGGGUGAAUGAAAAGGAGGAAGAGGAGCUGAUGUUUGACUGGGGAGACAAGAACAUCGGCCAGUACAUUCCCAUCAAGCAGGAGAGCUACUCGAAACUGAUGAGCAUCCUGGAGGACAAAGAGAGGCAGCUAUAUAAACUGCACUCUAAGGCGGAUGCCCUCCUGAAAAACAACCACCCUGCCUCUGACAAGAUUGAGGCAUACAAGGACACAUUACAGACACAGUGGAGUUGGCUUCUUCAAAUUACAAAGUGUAUUGAUGUUCAUCUGAAGGAGAAUGAAGCCUACAGCCAGUUCUUCAAAGAGGCCCAUGACACAUAUGGUGCUUUGCAAAAGGAAAAAGAGAUGAUUCAGAAGACGUUCCAAUGCGAUAAGAACACGUCACUGGAGGACCUACAGGAGCUCCUCAAAGGCAUUGAGAGGGAAAACAACAGGAUUGUAGACUACAGACAGCAGGUGCAACACCUGGUCAACAGGUCGAGGAACAUUGUGAGGCUGAAGCCCAGAAACCCAGAGGAAAAGAAAAGUGAUGUCGUCGUCAGAGCUCUGUGUGACUACAAACAAGACCAGAAAGUGAUCUAUAAGGGUAACGAGGCCAUCCUGAAGGACAACAGCCAGCGCAGCAAGUGGCAGGUGAUAGGCCCUGGAGGCCUGGAUAUGUCCAUACCCUCUGUGUGCCUGAUUGUGCCACCCCCCAACCCACUGAGCAUCCACAUCGCCAAAAAGAAUGAGCAGUUCUAUGAGGCCAUCGUGUCCAUCUGGACCCAGUUGUGCAUCAAUGUGAAGAGUCUCAUCGCUUGGCAGUACUGUCUCUUGGACAUCAAAUACAUCAAUUCCCUUACCAUUUCCAUCUUGUCCAAGAUGCGCCCCGAGGAGUACCGACAAAUCAUCAAGAGGAUGGAGACUCGCUAUGAGGAGUUCAAAGAGACCAGCAAGGGCUCCGAGAUGUUUGUGGAGGAGGACAAGCAGAGCCUGGAGAGCCAGUUUAGUGGAGCUCAGGCACACUAUGACAACCUUGUGGUGCAGCUGCCUACUUACAUUGCAACCCAGCAGCAAAUAGAAAUACAGCAACCUGAGCCACAACAAAUGGCCCAGCUGUACAUAAUACAGCAGCCACAUGUUAUUAUGGGACAAGAGACCAGCGUGUUGGAGGUAGGCCAACAGCAAGUAGAGAUUAAACAACAGGAGCAGGAAACAGAGGUGAAGAAAGAGGUGGUGAGAAAAGAGACGGUUAAAAGGAAGAAUCUGUCGGCUACCAAAACUGAGUCGGUAAAGAGGAAGGAGCUAUCCACCUCCUCCUCGUCCUCCACUUCUGUGUCAUCGCGCACAUUGUCAGAGCUGCACGCACUCAGACUGAAGAUGGAGGCUGCCGAAAGCACGCUGAGUCAGCACAUUCACAUCUGCAUUGGAGACGAGGGGUCGCAAGACUGUAGCUUCAAGAUCUCUCAGUUGGAGACUGUGCAGUAUGACAUCAACUCGCUGCGUAAUGAAUAUCUGCGACUUAAGGAACGAAUAACGAAGGAGCUGGAAGACAUGAAAGAUUUAGAUAAGGCUCAGUUCCUCCGAAACGAGAUUGGAGUGAUCAACCAGAGGUUAAAUAGUCUGGAGGGCAGCUCAUCUGCUUAUAUACAGAGGCUCCGGGCUCUCAGAGACAUGCUGGAGAGUGUGGCACGGGCAGAGGACCUUGUGAAGGUUCAUGAAGCGAGGCUGACAGAAAGAGAGACUACUUCUCUGUCUCCAAGUGAAGUCGAGGAAUACAUGGUGGCCCUGAAGACUAUUAAAGCAGAAUUGGAUCAAAAGAGGGAUGUUCUGGCCUAUAUGGAGACUGAGUUGUCCAAGGCAGCCCACUGGAACAACCAGGUGGGCACCAGCUCCCACAGGUGUGACAUGAUGCUGUCAAAAUACACAGAGCAGGUGGGCCUGCUGUCUGACCGCUGGAGACGAUUACAUGGACAGAUUGACACCAGACUGCAGGAUCUGCAGCUAUAUCUGCCACAGCUGCACCACUACAAGCAAACCAGCACCACCCUGUUUGAAUGGAUUAAUGCCACUCGGAAAACACAGGAAGCCCUGCAGGCCACGAAGAUAGACAGCGUCCAAACACUAAAAGACCACAUUAACAACCUUAAGGCCCUGAACUAUGAAAUCAAAACAAAGAAGGAGACAGUAGACAGUGUGCUUAAAGACAAUAUAGCCUGUGUGAAUGCUAUCAAGGACUAUGAAACAGACCUCGCCUCGUACUCCUCUGGUUUGGAAACUCUGCUAAACAUCCCCAUAAAGAGGACAAUGCUGAGGUCCCCUUCAAUGGAACUUAACCAAGAGGCUACACUGCUUCAAACACGGUAUAUGGAAUUGAUGACGAUGUCUGGAAAUUACCUCAAAUUCCUAGGAGAGUUGCUCAAAAACAUGGAAGAUCUUAAGAUGCGUAACACUCAAAUUGACCUCCUUGAAGAAGAACUCCGUCUUCUUAAGGAGAACAUGGAGGACUGCAACGCCAAGAACAAAUCCCUAGAAGAUGAGGUUGCUCAAUACCAGCUGGAGCUGUCCCAGUCCCAAACCCAGCUGCUGUCGCUGGAAGAAGUGAAGCAAACCACGGCAUUGGAGUGCAGCGCCACCAAGGACAGCCUGGACUCCACUCAGACUCAGCUGGCAGACCUCAGGGACCAGGUGACACGUCUCGAAUAUUUGCUGAAAGAGGAAAGGAGGAAGACAAAGUUGGCUGAGGAGCGCUACACUCAACAGCAAGACGAGUAUGAAUCAGUGCUGAGGAAGAGGCAGAACGAGCUGGAGACGGUCAGCUGGUCCAAAGUGGAAGUGGAGAAGAGUGUAUCUAAUAAAGACCAUGAGAUUGAGCAGCUGCGGCGGCAGCUGGCAGAGGAAGCAGCACGAAUCAAGGAGCUGCAGAUGGAGAUAUCAAAGGUAAGGGUCCAGUUCAGUUCAGAGAUCAGUAGCUUAAAGCUGAGCUACGAAUCCCAGAUCCAGACUAGCCAAACAGACAUCCAAAGGCUGGUGGCUCAGAGGGAUGAUGAUUCAGCUGAAACCCAGCUGUACAAUGAGAGGAUGGAGGCAGAGAGAAGGAAUCUGGAGGAGGAACUCAGGAGGCUGAGGAUUUCUGUCAGCCAUGCUGAGGAGCAAAGAAAGAUGGCCGAGAAGGACGCCGACACACAGCAGGCUUUACUCAUAGAGGAGGGAUGCAAGAGGAGGGAAGUGGAGAAUCAGGUGGAGGUGCUAAUGAGGCAGAGAGAUGAAGAACGCAGCCAAUACAGAGAAGAACUGGCUGAGCUCAUGAAGGCCCUGCAAGAGAAGAAUGACCAGCUGAUUUAUGUUACACACAGUGUAGAGGAGGAGACACGUAGAAGGAAGACCUUGGAAGAGGCGCAGCUUGUGCUCGAGCAGUCUUUGGCACAACUGCAGGUGAAGCUCACCUCUUCUUCAAAGUCCGCAACCCAACUGAGGGAGUGUGAGGAGGAGCUUCAGAAAACCCGUUUUGAGCUGGAGAGAGAAAGCAAGGAGAGAAGCAGAGUAGAACAAAACAUGAACAGGUUACAGGGGCGCAUCAAGGACCUGCAGGCUGUAAGGGACGGGCUGGAGAGCCAGGUGGAGAAUCUGAGGAAAGCUAAGCAGGAGGAGGUGGGCAGAAGAAAGCAGGCUGAAGCAGAACUUGAAAAGACUGCCAUGACCACAGCAGAGUACACCAGCACCAUCACAGCACUGCGCCAGAGCCAAGAACAAAUCAGCAUGGCAGAAAAGACGGGCACAGAAGAGCGUCUUAGGCUGCAGGGGGAGCUAGAAAAAAGUUUAAGACAAAACCAAACAUCUGCUGAGCGCAUCACUCAGCUGUGCACUGAACUGACAAACCUCAAGCAGCAGCUGUUUCAGGAGAAAAGCCAACUGAAAGAGGCAAACAGCAGAUACGACGGCCUUUGCAAGACUAUCGAAGAAAAGAGUAAGAAGCUUAAUGAGAACUCUGUUGAGCUUCAGAGGCUGAAGGAGGUGAUAGAAAACCUGACCAAAGAAAGGCUGAGGUUGGAGGAAGAGCUGAGGGCAACACGACAUGAUAAGGAGGAGGCUCUGAGAUCCAAAAAGGGGAGUGAUGAUGAGCUCUCUUCACAGAUUACAGCUCUGGAGCUGCAGCUUCAAGCCAGCGAGCGCAGUAACGUCGACUAUCGCAACCUGGUCUCAGAUCUCUCCUCUGAGAGGGAGAAUCUCAAGCAGGAGACAGAAAAAACGCAAAAGCAGGUCACAGAGAUAAGAACCACGAUGCAGUCCAUUCAGUCCCAGUACAAUGACAUUUUAAAUGAGAGAGAUGCUUUGUUGCUGAAACUACAAAGGCUGGAAAAGGACAAAGAAGACAUGAAGAGAGUAGAGGAAGACCUCAGCCGCAUUAAACUAUCUCUUGAUUCUGAGAUACGCAAUAAACAGUGUCUUCAAGACGAGAGCGAAAGGAUGAAGAGAGAUUUAAGUUACUGGAAAGACCAAUGUGAUGGUAAACAGGGGCUGAUCAGACAGUAUGAUACCGACAAGGAGCUUCUUGAGAGGGAGAAGAAUUCUCUAAAAAGUGAGAUUGAGAGGCUGAUGAGAGAACUCAGGCAGCUUGAGGAGACAUAUAAAAGUAAACUGUCAGCCCUGCAGAAAGAAUUGCAGGAGACAACAAUUAUUAGACAAACCAUGGAGACUGAGCUGAAGAAAUCCAGGGAGCCCCCAACCUUGGACCCUUCCUCUGUGGUUUUUGAUGGAGUCCGCAAACCUGUUACAGCUGACCAGUUGCUUGACUGUGGGGUUUUGGACAAACCGACGCUUAGCCAACUUGUAAAGGGACAUAGUACAGUUUCUGACGUUUCCAAAGUAAAGAAAGUCAGUCUGAAAGGCACAGGUCCAAUAGCUGGGGUGGUAAUUGAGGGUCCGGGGUCUAGCACUGGACCCCUUCACAAACUGACAUUCACCGAAGCUAAGAAAGCGAAUCUUGUCCCACCAGAUAGUGUUGACUUGCUUCUGGAUGCACAAGCUGCCACUGGCCACAUAAUUGACCCGAGAACUAAUCAGAAGCUAACAGUUGAAGAAGCCUAUAACCAAGGUGUUAUCGAUGAUGAGGACAAAGAGAGGUUGCUAGCAGCUGAGGCUGCUGCUGUAGGAUACAGUGGACCUGGCACAAACAAACCACUCUCAGUAUUCCAGGCCAUGAAGAAGGGACUAAUUGACAAGAACACAACAUUGCGUCUGUUACAAGCUCAGGAGUCUGUGGGUGGGGUUCUGGAUCCCAUACUCAGCGUCUUCCUUCCUAGAAGCACAGCCAUUGAACGUAACCUUAUUGAUGAUAAAAUGUGUGAAGUUUUAAAUCAAAAGCCUGAGCUAUACUUGGACCCGGAAAAUGAGGAAGGUACAACCUACAUGUCAAUGAAAAGGAGAUGCAGGAUAGAACCACACACAGGUCUUCUGCUCCUACCUGUUCCUGAGAAGGUAGAUGCCUCUAAACUUGUCUUUGAGGGCGUUCGUAAACCUGUCACUGCAAAACAGCUGCUCGAUUGUGGUGUCUUGGACAAGCCAACAUUUAAAGAUCUAGAAAAGGGAAACAAAACUCUCCCAGAAGUGUCAGUGGAUAAAAACAUCAACCUUAAAGGCACUGGGCCCAUUGCUGGUGUGGUAGUUGGCAAAGCUGGAAAAAUGUCUUUGUCUGAAGCCAAAAAGAAAAUGCUAAUACCUGCUGAAAGUGCAGAUUUGCUACUGGAAGCUCAAGCUGCCACUGGUCACAUCAUUGACCCCAAAGCUAAUAAGAAAUUAACAGUAGAUGAGGCUUGUGCCAAAGGUCUUGUUGACAUGAAUGAUCGGGACAGAUUAUUAGAGGCAGAGGCUGCUGCUAUUGGCUAUAAAGACCCGAACAUAGCUAAGCCAAUAUCGGUAUUUCAGGCCAUGAAGAAAGGACUGAUUGACAACAGCAGUGGACUGCGGCUGCUACAGGCCCAGGAGUCAGCAGGAGGCAUUCUAGAUCCAAACCUCAGUGUGUUCCUCCCUGAAGACACAGCAAUACAGCGUAACCUUUUGGAUAAAGACCUUUGCUAUGCUCUUAGUCAGAACCCUGAAUGUUAUCUUGACCCAGAAACAGAGCAAGAAACCAGUUACAAAGCGCUCAAGAAAAGAUGCAAAAUAGAACCUCACACAGGUCUACUACUACUGCCAAUCACUGAGAAGCUUGAUCCUUCUAAACUGAUGUUCGAUGGUGUGCGGAAGCCAGUGUCGGCCCAGCAUCUACUGGAUUGUGGAGUCCUUGAUAAGCCAACAUUUAACCAGCUCUUGAAAGGAGAGAAAACUGUCCCAGAAGUUUCUGAGGAUAAAAAGAUCCCUCUAAAGGGGACAGGAUCGAUUGCUGGUGUGGCAGUUGGGCCUUUGGGAAAACUGUCUUUGACAGAGGCCAAAAAACAAAUGCUCAUCCCCUCGGAGAGUGCAGACCUACUGCUGGAAGCCCAGGCAGCUACUGGCCACAUCAUUGACCCCAAGUCGAACCAGAAAUUGACAGUAGAGGAAGCAUGUCUGAAGGGAGUGGUGGACAAGAGUGAUCGUGAUAAGCUGUUAGCAGCAGAAGCUGCUGCUGUGGGUUAUCGGGAUCCUCUCACAGCACAUCCUCUAUCAGUAUUUGAGGCAAUAAAGAAGGGAUUGAUUGACAAAAAGACCGGACUGCGGCUACUACAGGCUCAGGAGUGUGCAGGGGGCAUUCUAGAUCCAAACCUCAGUGUCUUCCUCCCUAGAGACACAGCUAUACAGCGUAAUCUCCUUGAUGCAGACCUGUGUCGGGCACUUAACCAGAAGCCUGAGUGCUAUAUUGACCCAGAAACAGAGCAAGGGGCCAGCUAUGGAGAUUUGAAGAAGAGAUGCAAAACAGAGUUUCAGACAAGUCUGAUGCUUUUGCCAGUCCCUGAGAGGAAAGACCCUUCUAAACUGAUGUUUGAAGGUGUGCGCAAGCCAGUGUCGGCACAGCAGCUACUGGAUUGUGGAGUCCUUGAUAAGCCAACAUUUAACCAGCUCUUGAAAGGAGAGAAAACUGUCCCAGAAGUUUCUGAGGAUAAAAGGAUCCCUCUAAAGGGGACGGGAUCAAUUGCUGGUGUGGCAGUUGGGCGUUUGGGAAAAAUGUCUUUGACAGAGGCCAAAAAGCAAAUGCUCAUCCCCUCGGAGAGUGCAGACUUACUGCUGGAGGCCCAAGCAGCUACAGGCUACAUCAUUGAACCCAAGUCGAACCAGAAAUUGACAGUAGAGGAAGCAUGUCUGAAGGGAGUGGUGGACAAGAGUGAUCGUGAUAAGCUGUUAGCAGCAGAAGCUGCUGCUGUGGGUUAUCGGGAUCCUCUUACAGUACAUCCUAUAUCAGUAUUUGAGGCAAUAAAGAAGGGAUUGAUUGACAAAAAGACCGGACUGCGUUUACUUCAGGCUCAGGAGUGUGCAGGGGGCAUUCUAGAUCCAAACCUCAGUGUCUUCCUCCCUAUAGACACAGCUAUACAGCGCAAUCUCUUGGAUGCAGACCUGUGUCGGGCACUUAAACAGAAGCCUGAGUGCUAUGUUGACCCAGAAACAGAGCAAGGGGCAAGCUAUGGAGCUUUAAAGAAGAGAUGCAAAACAGAGUUUCAAACAAGUCUGAUGCUUUUGCCAGUCCCUGAGAGGAAAGACCCUUCUAAACUGAUGUUUGAAGGUGUGCGCAAGCCAGUGUCAGCACAGCAGCUGCUGGAUUGUGGAGUCCUUGAUAAGCCAACAUUUAAUCAGCUUUUGAAAGGAGAGAAAACUGUCCCAGAAGUAUCUGAGGAUAAAAAGAUAUUUCUUAAGGGAUCUGGACCUAUUGCGGGGGUCGUGGCUGGACGUCAGAGUGAGCUGUCAUUUUCAGAAGCUAAGAUGCAACAAAUAAUGUCAGAAAAAAGUGCAGACUUACUGCUGGAAGCACAGGCAGCCACGGGUCACAUCAUCGACCCCAGGACUGGGCUCAAACUGACAGUAGAGGAAGCAUGUGUCAAAGGAGUGGUGGAUGUCAAAGAUCGGAACAGGCUAUUGGCAGCAGAGGGUGCAGCUAUUGGUUUCAAGGAUCCAUGUGAUUCCAAGCCUAUUUCAGUGUUUGAGGCCAUGACGAGGAAACUAAUUGACGAGAAAACUGGGUUGCGUCUGCUGCAGGCUCAAGAGUCAGUUGGAGGAAUUCUGGAUCCCAAUCUUAGUGUAUUUUUACCUAAAGACAAAGCUUUUAAGCGCAACCUUUUAGAUGAAACACUCCUUAAUACCCUAACGAGAUGUCCUGCUUGUUAUAUUGACCCAGAAACUGAGCAUGAUGUCAGCUAUGGGGCUUUGAAGAAAAGAUGUAAAAUAAACACUCACACAGGCAUACAUAUUUUGCCAGUUUCAGAGAAGUUUGACCCCUCCAAAUUAAUCUUUGAAGGUGUACGCAAAACAGUCACUGCACAGCAGCUACUUGAUUGUGGAAUCCUGGACAAACCAACAUUCAAUCAACUAAUGAAAGGAGAGAAAACUGUCUCAGAGGUUUCUGUGGAUAAAAAGGUAUUUCUCAAGGGCACAGGGUCAAUUGCUGGUGUGGUGGCUGGACCUUUAGGGAAGAUGUCUGUCACAGAGGCGAAGAAACAAAAAAUAAUGCCAUCCAGCUGUGCUGAUAUGCUUCUGCGUGCUCAGGCAGCCACAGGUCACAUUAUCGACCCAAAGACAAAUCAGAAACUCACAGUAAAAGAAGCAUGUGCCAGAGGAGUAGUGGAGAAGGAGGAUGAAUCAAUGUUGCUUGCGGCUGAGGGUGCCGCUAUAGGUUACAAAGACAUGAACACCGGGAAACUCCUGUCAGUUUGCCAGGCAAUGAGAAAGGGAUUACUUGAUAAGGACACAGCUUUACAUCUGAUUCAGGCACAAGAGUCUGCUGGAGGUGUUUUGGACCCCUCACUCAGUGUCUUCCUGCCCAGAGACAGAGCAAAGGAUCGAGAUCUCAUUGAUGACCAUAUAUACCAGGCUUUGACUAAAAAUCCAGAGUGCUACCUUGACCCAGAUACCCAACAACCAACUACCUAUAUAUCACUGAAGAAAAAAUGCAAAGUUGAUCUCAGCACAGGUCUUUUGCUCCUCCCCAAACCUAAAACACCUGUAACUGUUCAAGGACUCAGAAAGCCAGUGUCUGUUAUAGAUCUAGUGGAUGCAAACCUUCUGGAACCCUCAAAUAUUGAUCAAUUGAAUGAAGGUAAACUGACAAGCCAAGACGUUGAAGACCGUCUACACUCAUACCUCAGGCGCUCCACUUGCAUAGCAGGACUUUACGACGAGGCCAGUGAUAAGGUGUUGACAGUCCAUCAGGCCAUGAAAAAUGGACUGCUGAGAUAUGGCACCGCUUUGGAGCUGCUUGAAGCCCAGGCUGCCUCAGGUUUUAUAGUUGAUCCCAUUAAUAACCUCUAUCUGACAGUUAAUGAGGCCUACGACAGGCAAAUGUUUGGAGCAGAAUAUAAGGACAAACUUUUAGCAGCAGAAAGAGCUGUGACUGGAUACAUAAUGCCUGGAACAGAUAAGAUACUCUCCAUCUUUCAGGCCAUGGACAAAGGUCUUGUGGAAAAAGGUCAUGGCAUUCGUCUACUAGAGGCCCAGAUUGCCAGUGGUGGCAUCAUUGAUCCCGAACACAGCCAUCGUAUUGAUGUGAAUGUGGCCUACAACCGAGGUUACUUUGAUGAGGGAAUGAACAAGAUCCUGACCGAUGAGAGUGAUGAUACUAAAGGUUUCUUUGACCCAAAUACAGAGGAAAACCUAACCUAUCUGGAACUUAAAAAACGCUGUAUACUAGAUAAGAAGACUGGCCUUUUUCUGUUACCUAUCAUUGAAAAGAAGAAGCAAGAGUCAACCUCAAAAAACACCCUUAGAAAGAGGAGGGUGAUAAUUGUGGAUCCAGAAACUGAUAAAGAGAUGACAAUCCGUGAAGCGUAUGACAAAGGGUAUAUUGACUACGAGACCUUCCAGGAGUUAUCUGAGCAGGAGUCUGAAUGGGAAGAGAUCACGAUCACUGCUCCAGAUGGUUCCACAAAGUUUGUUAUUAUUGACAGAAAAACUGGAAGACAGUAUGACAUCUCUGAACUCCUUGAAAAGCGAGUGAUUGAUGUUUCAGUUUUCCAGCAGUACCGCUCACGGAGCAUCAGUCUCCAUCAGUUUGCUGAAAUCAUCGCGGAUAAGACCAAACAUCAGUCAUCAUCUGUGUCAACUUCAAUGUCCUCAGCAUCCUCAGAAACAUCUUCAGCGAACCCAUCAUCAGCUUCAACUUCAAGAACAUCGGGGUCUUUUGGAGAGUCUUCUAGUACGUCAUCAACUUCAAGAAAUUCGGAAACUUUAAGUGCUGCAUCCCUGACAUCGUCCUCGUCUUCGUCAGCAUCGACACUUGUGUCAAGACCCUUAUCGCCUACUUUCACCAAAACAACCACAACAAAAAUUACCACAGUCACAAAAGAAAACACCAUUCCCAGCUCUAUUACUGAGGAAUCUCCUGAUUCCUUGAAGCAUAUAUCCAGUGUGUCUGUCACUCUGUCCUCUCCUGUUGAGACAGUGGGUGAGCUGGAACCAGUGGGUGCCAUUUUUGACUCAGAGACUUUAGAGAAGAUAUCAAUCACAGAGGCUUUGAAUCGUGGUCUAGUGGAUUCAAUCACCGCGCAGAGACUGCUUGAGGCCCAAGCUUGCACAGGAGGUAUUGUCAAUCCCACAAAUGGGCAAAGGAUCAGUAUUCAAGAGGCCUUUCGCAUCGGAAUAAUAACUCCCGAUAUGUCCAAUAAACUGAAGCCUGCACAGAAAGCCUACAUCGGUUUCGAGGAUGUAAAAGCCCGGAGGAAGAUGUCAGUUGCUGAGGCUAUGAAGGAAAUGUGGCUUCCCUAUGAAGCAGGACAGAGAUUCAUGGAAUUUCAGGUUGUAACAGGGGGGCUUUAUGACCCUGAAAUGAGGUGCAGAAGAAGCAUACAGGAUGGUUUAAAGAUGGGCUGGUUGGAUGGGAGUACAGCUCAGAGGCUCCAAGACAUCAAACACCAUGCAAAGAACCUAACAUGCCCCAAAAGUAAACUAAGAAUCUCUUACCUAGAGGCUCUGGAAAACUGCCUGUCGGAGGAGGGUACUGGGGUGAAAAUGCUCCAGGCUUCAUCUAUGUCUUCUAGGGGGAUCAGUAGUCCAUACAAUGUCGCCUCUGCUCCAGGAUCCACCACAGGCUCCAGGAGUGGCUCUCAGCGAUGCUCCCGCAGGGGAAGUUUGGACCUAGGCUCCUCAUACACAACACAAAACUUCCUGAGCUUCACCAGCUUCUCGUCCGCAAAAUAAGUCAAAACCAGGACUCAACUGCUUUUUUGUCCUUUUGCAAAUUAACCAGAAUUUGCAAUGACACUUUUGGGAUACAGAAAAUUACUAAAAGGUUUGGAUUUGUGUGUGCAUGGAGGAUCAUUAUUCUUAACACUUCUUAUCUUCUUAGACUCAUGCUUUGGUGAUGCUGUGUUUAAAAUAUUGUAAUUAAAAUAAUGGUAAAGAAAACAUACAAAACGAGUUUCGUGACAAUGAACCAAAGAAUUAAUGGAGGCCUCAUUAUGGUAUUUGAAUAGGCUGAAUUGAGGAAUGAUUGUCUUUUUUUUUCUUGCUAUUUGGAAUCUAUUUUUCUAAGCCUUUAUAACAAAUGUACUUUACUUGUAUUACAUUACAUGGAUUUUAUGUUAUCUCCUAAAAUAUAAUCUGUUCUUUUCCUGUAGUAAAGGGUUCUAAAUUUUGGUUUUAUUUUUUCCAAAUAAAUUGUUAAACAUGUUUCUGUUUCAUUUAUACAUCCAGUUCCGUAACUACUUUUUAUUAUCUCCAAAUAAAACUUUGGCUCCUGUG